AUGGCCACUCAGACCAUCGUCAAGAAGAGGGCCUGCGUGGUCGGCGGUAGCGGUUUUGUCGCCUCUUUGCUUGUGAAGCUUUUGCUUGGGAAGGGCUAUGCCGUUAAUACCACUGUUAGAGACCCUGUCAAUCAGGAAAAGAUAUUACACCUCUUGCAAAUGAAAGCUUUGGGUGAGCUAAAGAUUUUUGGAGCUGAUCUAACUGAGGAAGGCAGCUUCGAUGCCCCUAUAGGAGGUUGUGACCUCGUCUUCCAUGUUGCAACGCCUGUUCACUUUGCCUCAGAAGAUCCAGAGAAUGACAUGAUCAAGCCAGCAAUCCAUGGUGUACUAAAUGUUCUCAACUCUUGUGUCAAAGCGAAAACGGUUAAACGUGUCGUCUUGACGUCGUCUGCUGCAGCUGUUUCAAUCAACAGGCUUAGCGGGACAGGCUUGGUUGUGGACGAAGCGAAUUGGAGUGACAUUGAGUUCUUGACUACUCAAAAACCACCUACUUGGGGCUACCCUGUGUCCAAGACACUAGCUGAGAAAACAGCUUGGAAAUUUGCUAAAGAAAAUAACGUUGACCUCAUCACUGUGAUCCCUUCUCUCAUGGCUGGCCCUUCUCUUACUCCUGAUAUUCCCAGCAGUGUUGGCCUAGCAGCAUGCUUACUUUCAGGAAAUGAUUUCCUCAUAAAUAACAUAAAAGGCAUGCAAAUGCUGUCAGGAUCGAUAUCCAUUUCGCACGUUGAGGAUGUCUGCCGAGCUCACGUAUUUUUGGCUGAGAAAGAAUCGGCUUCUGGUCGUUACAUUUGCUGUGCUGUGAACACCAGUGUUCCUGAGCUUGCAAAGUUCCUCAACAAAAGAUAUCCUCACUGCAAAGUCCCCACUGAUUUGGGAGAUUUUCCCUCCAAGCCCAAGUUGAUAAUCUCCUCAGAGAAGCUGAUUAAGGAGGGAUUUAAUUUCGAGUAUGGGAUUGAAGAAAUAUAUGAUCACACCCUGGAGUAUUUGAAGACUAAAGGAUUGCUUCACAUCUGAAAGUCUCAAUAAUUGGUGAUCUUAA